AGGGAAAGUUAACAAGACAGCCACUCGUCGCUUGGUCCUGUUUGGAGUAGCCAGCGAAAAAUGGCGAUAGCAAAAUCUCUCUCCGUCUUCCUCAUGGCACUAGUUGCCAUUGUUCAGGCUAGUGCCGAACCACAAUGCUACACGUGCAUAGGAUACGACUCUGCUCUUCCUGUUCAUGACAUGCACAACAACCCAUACUGCGUGUCGGAAUCCUUCGUGGCUUCGGAGGUGCCGAAAUUAAACUCUAAACACGGAAUAUGCAUGGCUUAUACUGAGACGAGGGAUUCUCUCGAAAUCACGGUGCGAUACGGAGAAGAACUCUUCCCCAUACCCCAUAUGUACGUGUACCACAAGGGUUACAUCUGCCAAGGAAACCUGUGCAACAGCCGUCCCACGAACUCAGCAGGUACGCCGUUACUCCUGGUGCCUCUCCUGCUGAUUCCCGCCGUCCUACCGUGUCUUCUGGCUUGAGAGGAAGGAAGGAAGGGCGAUUCACAGCUGGCCUCUUUAUCUCAUACACGCUUGUUUUCACUUUAAAAAC